CACAGGCUCUCACCCCAGGGUGGCAGAGGGACCUUUCUGGAGCUGACCCACCACAGACAAUCAGCAGGUUGACCUUGAGCCGCAAAACUGCUGUCCACGUGGACCGGAGCUGACAUCGCACGUCCAUCCGCCAGGACCCCUGUGUCCAAACUCCGAGACAUGGCGACCAACGGCAGCAAGGUGGCCGAUGGGCAGAUCUCCACUGAGGUCAGCGAGGCCCCUGUGGCCAAUGACAAGCCCAAAACCCUGGUGGUCAAGGUGCAGAAGAAGGCUGCGGACCUUCCUGACCGGGACACGUGGAAAGGCCGCUUCGACUUCCUCAUGUCCUGUGUGGGCUAUGCCAUCGGCCUGGGCAACGUCUGGAGGUUCCCCUACCUCUGCGGGAAAAACGGUGGCGGAGCCUUCCUGAUCCCCUACUUCCUGACGCUCAUCUUCGCGGGAGUGCCACUCUUCCUGCUGGAGUGCUCCCUCGGCCAGUACACAUCCAUUGGGGGGCUGGGGGUGUGGAAGCUGGCCCCCAUGUUCAAGGGCGUGGGCCUCGCGGCUGCUGUGCUGUCCUUCUGGCUGAACAUUUACUAUAUCGUCAUCAUCUCCUGGGCCAUCUACUACCUGUACAACUCCUUCACCACGACACUGCCAUGGAAACAGUGCGACAACCCCUGGAACACGGACCGCUGCUUCUCCAACUAUAGCAUGGUCAACACCACCAACAUGACCAGCGCUGUGGUGGAGUUCUGGGAGCGCAACAUGCAUCAGAUGACGGACGGGCUGGAUAAGCCAGGUCAGAUACGCUGGCCGCUGGCCAUCACACUGGCCAUUGCCUGGAUCCUUGUGUAUUUCUGUAUCUGGAAGGGUGUUGGCUGGACCGGAAAGGUGGUCUACUUCUCUGCCACGUACCCCUACAUCAUGCUGAUCAUCCUGUUCUUCCGCGGAGUGACCUUGCCCGGGGCCAAAGAGGGCAUCCUCUUCUACAUCACGCCCAACUUCCGCAAGCUGUCCGACUCGGAGGUGUGGCUGGAUGCGGCUACCCAGAUCUUCUUCUCCUACGGGCUGGGCCUGGGAUCCCUGAUCGCUCUCGGGAGCUACAACUCUUUCCACAACAACGUCUACAGGGACUCCAUCAUCGUCUGCUGCAUCAACUCCUGCACCAGCAUGUUCGCAGGCUUCGUCAUCUUCUCCAUCGUGGGCUUCAUGGCCCAUGUCACCAAGAGGUCCAUUGCUGAUGUGGCGGCUUCAGGCCCCGGGCUGGCGUUCCUGGCAUACCCAGAGGCCGUGACCCAGCUGCCCAUCUCUCCUCUCUGGGCCAUCCUCUUCUUCUCAAUGCUGCUGAUGUUGGGCAUUGACAGCCAGUUCUGCACCGUGGAGGGUUUCAUCACGGCCCUGGUGGAUGAGUACCCCAGGCUACUCCGCAACCGCAGGGAGCUCUUCAUUGCUGCUGUCUGUAUCGUCUCCUACCUGAUCGGCCUCUCCAACAUCACCCAGGGGGGCAUCUACGUCUUCAAACUUUUCGACUACUACUCCGCCAGUGGCAUGAGCCUGCUCUUCCUCGUGUUCUUCGAGUGCGUCUCUAUCUCCUGGUUUUACGGUGUCAACCGAUUCUACGACAAUAUCCAGGAGAUGGUUGGCUCCAGGCCCUGCAUCUGGUGGAAGCUCUGCUGGUCUUUCUUCACCCCAAUCAUCGUGGCGGGUGUGUUCAUCUUCAGUGCUGUGCAGAUGACACCUCUCACCAUGGGAAGCUACGUUUUCCCCAAGUGGGGCCAGGGUGUGGGCUGGCUCAUGGCUCUGUCUUCCAUGGUCCUCAUCCCAGGGUACAUGGCCUACAUGUUUCUCACCUUAAAGGGCUCCCUGAAGCAGCGCAUCCAGGUCAUGAUCCAGCCCAGUGAGGACAUCGUGCGCCCAGAGAACGGUCCAGAGCAGCCCCAGGCCGGCAGCUCUGCCAGCAAGGAGGCCUACAUCUAGGCGUGGGGGCCGCUCGCCGACCCGACGCUCUCGCCCCCCGACCUGGCUGACGCGACCGCCACUUGAUGUCUGAAGAUACCUUCUAUCUCAACCUACCUCGAGUGGCGAGUCCAGACACCAUCACCACGCAGAGAGAGGGGAGGUGGGAGGACAGUUGACCCCCUGGGUGGGCCCUGCCGUGGGCAAGGAUCCCCGGUGGCUUCCGGCACCCGGGGGCUGGUGACCUUUAUAACCCGGGCCCCAUCAGCGUCCCGCAGUGGGCGUUUGUAGCUGCCACGGCAGAUCAUUUUUCUCCCGCCAGCGAGCGUCACAGCGCGGCCACACGCAUCCUGGCUUUUAGUCGUGUUCCUGACUGUUCUCUUACUGCCGAAACCCAUGACUGUUAUCUCGGACUUUGCCGGAGCUCCCUUCCCCCGGGGGGCAGCUCUGUGCAUGGGAAAGAGCCCUUUGUAAGUGGGGAUCUCCAGGGAGAGCUCCCUCUGAAGUGGCAGGGAGCCAGGACCUCUGCCUUCCUGUUCUGGUCUCUCCUUCCCGAGGCAGCUGGACAAAACCACCCCCAGGACCUCAGUCCGUUCCCGGAGCUGCGUCGCAUGCAGCCUGCGGAAUAUCCCUUCCCUGCUGCCCCAGCGAGCGAGCACACCUGCAGCCCAGUGUCCCUGUCCCUCCUGACCAGGCCGUCCUGACUGCACCUGGCCCCGUGCGUCCGUCCAGACAGGCCCCACUUGCUGGAAAACUGCCACAAGCACAAAUGAUUUCUUUUCCUCGCCAUUCCAGGACCUCGGGGCCCACAGGGAGGAGCCCUCAUUGGGGGCUCCCAUCUCUCUUAAGCUGCCCAGUUUUACAGAGUCUAGAGUAGUUGUAGAGGAAAUCAAGGUGAAGGAUCUGUCUGAGUCGAGACGAACACAGCUAGCUUUGGGGUUCCCUCCUCAAAGACUACCCUCACUGCCACCCUUCCAGGCUGCUGCCUCCUCGCCUCCCUGGAAUUCCUCAGCAGGGGUCUCCUGGUGUUCUUCCAGAGACACCCGCCCCCAACAAUGUGCUUCCGAGAUUAAAACUGCUUCAUUGGGAAGUGUUAUUUGUUCCUUUCUGGAAUUGGGCUCCGUGGAGGUGAUGGCAAAUCGGGCGAGCCCAGUUUCCUGCAAGCUCCAGGAACUGAGUGUUCCUCCUUUGCCAGGAAGAUGGGUUCCCGUGUAACAAACCAGAUGUUGUGCCCUGUAGCUCCUUAGCUAGUUAGCUCACAAACUGUGUUUUAUGGCUAAUCCUUAAUAACUAUGGUAAAUAACUGUGACUGUGGGUUUUUUGAUCUCUUGUCAUUCUCAUCCGGAAGUGACCAGCAUACCAGUUCUUGCAAUAAGAUAUUACCCUCAGAAUAUUAAGCACAUUAUUGUAGAGAAAAAAAAUACGUGUAGACAUAUAAAUGCACACACGUGCACUUUCAUCCUCAUGCGUGGCGCGUAGGGUCUCAUUUGAUAUUGUGUAGAAAAUCUAAAGCCUUUUCCAGAGGUCAUCUGUAAAAUAGUCUCAUUGCUAAGGCAUCCCAAAUGCCAAGAAUGAAUCCAUGAUCAAAUUACAUACGUGUGGUUAAGUCAUAGGGUUUAGAAUGGCAGGAACCCAUCACUGUGUCCCAUGGUCCCAUCUCCCCUUCUGUGUGUGAAUUCCUCUAGAGUAAAAGCAGAAAGAUUUCUAACUUUCUCUUUGUUCUUCAGUGUGAAACUGAGACCAAGUCUUUCUAAGACAAAUGCAGUGUAUUUCAUGUUCGUAAGCAAUUCUAAGUGAGAUGUUUGGCAAGAAAUCCCCUAACCGAUUUCCAUCCAAACCUACCUUAUAGAGCACAAUAUUAAGUGUCGUACAAUUACUGUGAGAACUGUGAAUAUGUGUAACUUUUUUUUUUUAGUAUUUGCCCGGGGGAGGGGAAAGAUAUUGUAUUAUCAUAUAUGCUUUUUUUUGCAAUAAGGAUUUAUUCUCAGAACACCAAGUAAAUCUCUAUAUAAAAAAAUAUAUGUAAUAUAUACAUAUUCAAACUAUAUACAGAGCCUGUUUUAAAAAAAUUACAGUAUUAUUUAGUAAAAUUAUCUGUUCUAUGGACCAAAUGUAAAAUAUUUAUAAAUGAAGAUGCAUUUUAAAUGUCUAUAAAUGGUGUCAUAACCAGAGCACGGGCGUUAUGUAAGUUUCUAAGAAUUUAGAGGAAAAAUAAUAAAGGUUCUAUAAUAUAUAA